GGUUAAUCCUGCUCAUACCUAGCUACAGGCGAUCUACUGUUUGUUAAAAGACAUUGGAAAGAACUCUUCAUCAAUAUGAAACUUUAAAAAACAGGUAUGAGGAAGAAAACGAAGCCAAAAAUAUAUGAAGGGUCACACUACGAUUCCACUAAAGAACCAGCUGACCAAUCAAAUACUGGUCAAGCUUUUCAGGCCAUAUCUGAUCAGGCUGAUCCCACUUCCGGUCAGUCAAUGUCUGGUCAGAACUCAGAAUGCCAUCCAUCUACUUUACAGUUGUCUACUCAGAUGAUCGUAGAUCAGCUGAUGACCGAACAGGAAAUGAUCAAUUCACCAAGCUUUGUUCAGUCCCCAGUAGAUCUGCCAUUAACUGAUCGGAUCAACCCAUCCAUAUCUGAUCAGUCAAACAGAAAAAGGAAGAUCUCGUCAGCAGCCGGUUCCGCAGAACAGGAAAGACAAAAUGGAAAAGAGGCCAGGACAGCAUCCUCCAUGCAUCCAAGUGGAUCCUCAUCAUCACAUAGUGAAGGAAAUGUACCAAUAUCCAGUAAUAACGAGCCAACACCACAAAGUAAAGGUACGAAUGGUGCACCGCAAACAAUCCCACCCACCAUUGCCAGUAAACGUGAACAUUUGAACUUAGCCAUAAGUUCGGAAGAACAAGAGCACGAUGUACGCAAGCAUGAUAUAGGCCUUCGAGGAGUGAUGAUUAAGGAUAAAGUGGAUAUGGUAGUGGCGCAUAAGCGGGAAAGGAGUGAGCGUCUGACAAACGAAAACAUUCAAAUAUUGAUGGGAAAACAAGAAAGCCUUGAUAAGGUUAACAAUGUUACUACCAACAAUGAUGCGCAGUACCUCCCUACCCUGAAACAAGUGUCCUAUAAACCAGAACCUAUCGGCAAACUGGAUGUUGUCCCGUUGUUUGGAAACUUAAAUGAUGGUACUUCCCCUCCGACUCAAGAUUGUUCCACAUACGGUAUUGGGAAGGGGUUUAAAUCCUUAGAUAUGCCCCGUCAAUCUGAAGGUCAACCAACGUAUGGAAUCGGUAAGGGGUCUAAAUCUUUAGAAAUGACCCAUCAAUCUGAACCAAAUAUAAGUGCUUCUCAAAAUCUACCGUCAGUAGCCAAUUCAGCUGAUAUACAAAGUGACAGUGAUUACCUUGGAUUGUAUCUACCUGACAAAGCACUUGAAAAACAUAUACUUGAUUUGUAUUUAGAGACUGAUGAACUUCCAACAUCUCCCAAAUCAAUGACUGAUGAACAAAUAUAUCCCCCAUCAAACAUUUCAGAUUCCUCUUUGACAGUUAGCAAUAACACCCUGAACGUGACACCAUCUGCUAUCGGCAGAAAUGAACAAGAACCAUCAAAUGUAUCUGUCAUUGCUGCAUUUCAGUUUCCAUUUAACAGCACUUGUUUUGAGAUGUGUCCACAUACAACACAGAAACAAUGCUGGAUGCUCUGUGACAACGACACAGUAAUUAGACUUGUUGAUAAAGAUGGAAGAGUAAUCAAACCAAUUGACAGAAAUUUCAGUCCUACUUGUAUCACAAUGAUAGGAACUAACACACUUUUAGUUGGUAAUCGUAACAAAUGGAUCAGCCAGAUCGUACUACCUGACAAUACUAUGUCUACAGCAUUCGUUACACCAUUAGUGCCGAUGGGUAUUUGUGUCACCCCUACAGGGGAACUUCUGGUGACCAUGUCAGAUACAGAUGUUCUAGCCAUCGAGCCUCAGCCAAGUUCUGUUAUAAAGUACACCACCACAGGACGGGAGAUAAAGAGGUCCCCGAUGUGUGACCAGUUUGGUGACAGACUGUUUGUGUGGCCAAUCAAGGUGAGUGUAAACCAUGGAGGUGACAGAGUGGCUGUUGUCAAUAUCACCGAUCAGAGUCAACAUCGCUCACAUCUUGUUAUGUUGGACGGCAAUCUUGACCUUGUUGCCCGAUACACAGACCAUAGACAGUCAAUACCUAGGGACACAAAAUCCAAUGUAGCAUCAGAGACGUUUUUCAUUUCUGAUGUUCAAUUUGACAAAUGUAACAAAUGA